AUGCGGUGGAGCCUUCUGCUGGGGCUUUGGCAGGUAAAACACUGCUUGUCACAGAGGGAAGGCGACAAGAUCACUUUCCACUGCGAUGUCGACCGGCAGAAUGCGAAUGCAGCAUGGUCACGGGAAAAGCGAGAGUGGUGCUGCGAAGAACUGGGCGUGGCAUGCGAGGAAGACUUUCACUGCAGCAUCGCCUUGCGAAACUACGAGCGUGCCUGGUCUUUGGCGAAGAAGAAGUUCUGUUGCAAGAAGGAGGGCAUCGCCUGCAAGGGCCUGGAAGAUGAAGUCUUCUUCAGCACAAAGGCACCACAGGUGGAUCCAGGAAAUCUCCUGGCGCAGGCGCCAGUGGCAGAUUGGCCCGAAGCAGAAGGUGAAGGAAAGAUAGCCGAAGCUCCAGAUGAGGAACUCUUCAUGCCAUGCGACGACAUGACACGGCGUGGACUCUUUGUCGCAGCAGUAAGGCCAGAGGAAGGAUCUGCCUGUUGGCAAAUCUGCAAGGAGGACCACUUGCGAAUGAGAGUAGCGCCAUGGUUGUCUGGUUUUCUCUUCCUCAUAGUCCUUGGCUAUGCUUUCUGGAAGGCCAGAUGUGCAAAAGAUGAUGGGGAUUUCGACAGAUGGGCCAAUGGCAUCAUCUUGGGACAUCAGCUUUGGCAGGCAGUUGCUUGGUCGUUGCUGCUCUUCUGGUUGAUGCUGACGGGCCCUGAGCUCUUCAUCUUUGACUCCAACAGGCCAGCCACUUGCUUCAAGGCCUACUUGGCGUGGAUGUUCUCCCUGCCACAGCUGCCUGAUCCAUCCACCUGGCCUUGGUGGUUGUCGGUUUGGCUCUGGUGGUUAGAGGACUACAAGAGCUGCAUAUUUUCCUUCUUUGUGGCAGUAUUCCGUUGGCAAGUGCAAUACGCGGUUGGUCGUUGCAAGCGAGGACCAUUUCCUCCAGAGGACUACUCCUUGCAUCGGCCCCUGAGACCCAAGUACGAGCUCAGCGAUGAGGAAACCUUGGAAGCUUCUCGAGAAGUCAGCUCACUCCGAGCUGUGAUGAACACUGGCUCGUUUUUCGCGACGUGGUUUGCGGCAGACUGCCUCUGUCAAGGGAGGUCCUUCAUCACCCUGGCUUGUGCUCUUGGGAUGAUGGCGACCGCUCGGAAGAGUGCAUCGCUCCAUGUGAACCGCUACGACAUGGGCAAUAGCAGGCCUGGUCGAUUGCAAUGCCCCUGGGGCUCAGACACUGUCACGCUUGUGCGAUUGUCCGAUGACCCUGGCCUGGGCUUGCCGUGCAACGAGCUAGUGGCCAAGUGCAGUAUCAAGGCAGCGGCGGAGAGCGGCGUCAUACUGUACACGACAACAGCUGUGGUGGUGGCCGGCCAUGCUGCUAACUGGGCGGAACUGGUGCUGCCAUUCGUCGCAGCGUCGUAUGCGCUUCAUGCUGUGAGUCUAGGUGUAGGCAUUUGCUUUGAGAUUGCUUCCGCAGAGCUCUCUCGUACUGCCACACACAAGGGUGUGCAGGGUGUUGGAGCAGCCUCUGUGCAAGCACCAGCCCAUGAAAAUUGCCCCAAGUGUUCCAAUCGCUACAUGUCAGAUUCCAAGUUCUGCCGGAGAUGUGGUACCAAGAGAGCGACCCAGGAGCAAGUUUCCCAAGACGGGAAAUACUGCGCUUCUUUGAUCCAGUUCCAGGACUACUCUGCUCGGCAGGUGCUGAAGAAAUGGCGACUCAAGACCAUGGGCACAGUGUUCCGGAUUUCGGAGGUGCUAGCAGUGGCCGUUGGGUUAUCCCUUUGGUGCUUGGGUGGGCAGCUACUCACUGGCUUCAUGGUUGGUGUGCUCCUUGCUACCACCUGGGAGCUUCUGCAUCCUGCCAAACUUGAAGAUCUCAAGGGCUAUGCCAGGAACAGCAUAAGCUUCCGGCUUUGGAAUGUGGCAGAACGAGUGUUUGAAUGCCUUCUGUGGCCAAUCUACGGAAGCUUUGCGCCCUUGCACUUGGCGGAUCCUACGCGAGAUCACAAUGAAGAAGAAGCUGGCCUUGACAGCCUUAUGCUUCCUGCAUGGUGCGGUUUGCGCACACUCUUCAUCGUCAUUUUGUGGACAUGGACUAUUUUAAAUUCACAGAACUUCCCAAAGUUUCCAGCAUUCUGGAGCCUGUCAGAACCUCAAUCUCGAGAGAAGGUAGCUGCUGGUCUUGUGGCUGUCUUUGUAAUUUGGCCUGGAAUCUUGCCUGCUUUUUACAAGGCAGCCAUGGCCUUUCCUGCAGUCUCCGUGCGUGUGCAUAGGCUGUUCCGAUUCUGUGAGCUACUUUCGCGUUUGAAGCCAUGGGCCAAUGCUUUCCGCGAGACCAACUUCUCGCAGUGGGUCCAGCUGCAUGGGAAAGUCUAUCAUUCUGAAGAGGAGUGGCAGCUGCGACGUUCGAUCUACACCAAGAAUCAGAUGCUUGUCCAGGAGUUGCACAGUUCCGACCCUGAUGUGGUCUACGACACCACGGGCCCUUUCGCAGACUUGGACAUGGCAGAGUUCACCGGCAAGCUGAUGCCGAAACGAAGCGUUCCUGCAAUUCUGGAGGAGCAUCGGGAAAGCCUGCAAGCACAAAAUCUACCGGACUCCUUUGACUGGGACCAGAAAGGUCUUGUGGGACCAGUGAGAAAUCAGAAGGUUCUCGGCUCAUGCUGGGCUGUCUCCACAGCAGAAGCGGUGGAAGGACAGCUGGCAAAGGCCACGGGAAAGUUGAUUCCUCUGUCGCCAGAGCAGCUUGUUGAGUGUGAUGCAAGCUCAGACAGCAGCUGUGCUGGUGGAAAGGGCUGUGCUGAUUGUGGUAUGUUUGGAGGAUGGCCCUACUUGGCUUAUCAAUUCCUGCAAAAAGCCGGUGGGAUGUUUAGUGAAGCUGAUUGGCCCUACUACAAAGAAGGCAUGUUCCCAUGCAUGCCCAAAGGCUACAACAAGGCCUUCUGUGGCAAUCAUGAUGAUCUCUACUGCCGCCCCAACUCAACCAAAGGUCAAGGACCUCAAGGCCUUUGCCAUGCUACCAGUGGCUUUGCAACUGCUGUUACUGGCUGGCGGUCUUUGAGCAGCAACGAAAUGGAAAUGGCAGCUCAGUUGAUGCAAUACGGGCCUCUAUCUGUUCUCAUCCUCGCUGACGGUCUGCAAUUCUAUCACGCUGGUGUGUGGACAGGUGGCUUGCUUGGCUGCAAGCCUGACCCCUCUGAGGGCAUCCUUAGCUUGGAUCAUGCUGUUCUGGCGGUGGGUUUUGGCAAGGAUCACAGCAUCCUGGGCAAGUCCAAACCCUAUUGGAGGCUGAAAAACUCCUGGGGCACGUCGUGGGGUGAGCAGGGCUUCUUCCGCUUGGAACGUGGCACUGGUCGCUGUGGGGUGAAUUUGGCGGCCACGGUGGCACGACUUGACUCGUCAAUUGUAGUCUGA